GUCACUCUCUCACUCCAACGGCUCUUAAACCCAUAACCCCUCAAAACCCUCUCUGUUCUCUCCUCUUCUUCUGUCUCUCACUCAAAACCAAACAAACAACAAACUCGCAAUCGCAAAUCUUAAGCACAGAAACAUCUCAUCAAUGGAUUCAACACCUCCUUCUCAUCGAUCUGAGCCCCGAAUUCGAAUCAAAUCGGCCUCUCGCCUCGCUCGGCUCACCCAUUUCGACCGCAAAAUCGAAGACACGCCUCGCCUCUCUGUUGAUUUAGUCCCUUGUUCACCGAAGAUCACCACUCCAUCAUUGCCCUCUCCUAGGCCUCAGAAUCCUGUCCCUAUGCACGAGCUUCUGCUCCUUUCGCCUUCCCCUCUCCGAAGAUCGAAGACCCGUUUGGUGGAGAAGCUUGACAUGGCUGAAGAGCCUGUUGAGCCAAAUGGGUUGCGCCGGCGAUGCAAGAAUCGAAAUGGGUCUAUGGGUUUAUUGGGUUGUGCUUCGCCUAGGAAUGGUAGGAGGUCACGGAGGCGGCUGGAGCCUGAGAUUCGAGAGGAGAGGGAUUUGGGUAUGCUGGAAGAGAUGGGUAAGGUAAAAAAGAGAAGGCAUAGUGGUCGGUCCAAGAAAGAUAAGCUCAGUUUGGUGCCUUCAGUUCCAUCUCCAAAAACAAAUGAUGACGAUCUGUAUAAUCUGGAUCGAAUUGGACAGCUGAUAACUGAUCUGAUUUUGUGGAAUGAUGUUGCAAAAUCAACCCUUUGGUUUGGAUUUGGUUCACUCUGUUUCCUAUCUUCUUGUUUUGCAAGAGGAAUCAGCUUUAGCAUCUUCUCUUUCAUAUCUCAAUUGGGCCUCCUGUUUUUGGGCCUAUCAUUCUUCUCCAAUUCAAUCUGUCAAAGAGGUAAUGUUGAAAAUAAGCGCACAUACAAGCUGAAAGAAAAUGACAUAUUGCGAGCGGCUAGAGUGAUACUUCCAACAGCAAACCUUGCAAUUUCAAAAACUAGAGAGAUAUUUUCAGGGGAACCAAUCAUGACCCUCAAAGUUGCUCCAUUUCUGCUUAUUGGAGCUGAGUAUGGCCAUCUCAUGACCCUAAAGAGGCUUUGUGCACUUGGGUUUUUUAUUAGCUUUACUGGCCCAAAACUAUACUCCUGUUAUAGUGUUCAAAUUAACAGCAAAGCAGUUGAGUGCUUGAAAAGGAGCGUGUUGGAAACAUGGGGGGCUUGUUCUCACAAGAAGAUCGUGGCAGCGUCAGCAGCCACAGCCUUUUGGAAUCUGACCGCCUUUAGAACACGCUUAUUUGCAGCGUUCAUAUUUGUGGUAAUUCUUCGACACUAUAGACAACAUUCGCAAGCAAAAGUGUCAGAAGAAGGGGAAGCAGAAGGAGAGCAAGAACAAGAGCAAGAGCAAGAGCAAGAGCAAGAGCAAGAGCAGCAAGCAUUAGUUGUGGUCAUGGGCGAACUUUGAUUUUAUUUAUUUAUUUUUUAUGUAGUAUUAUAUAAAUUUUUUGAGAGGUUUUUAUAAAUUGAUACUAUUAAAAUUGUUCCAAAAAAAAAAAAAAUGUUU